GUCCGGGCGCAGACACUUUGGCUCAAGCCUUGCUUAAUGAAGCGCUGGCGCGCGGGCGUGCUCGGCCCCCCGAACACCUCGCCCUCAGUCAUGCCGCCGAAGGUGCAUCUGGCGCCUCCGCAGGACAGGAUGGUCUACCCCAGGUACGUGCGGAGGUGCCGUAACCCCGUUCUGAAGCGCAAGAUGAUGCGCAUGCAGCGGUCCAUCUUUGCGCUGAAGCUCAAGGAUCGCUUCCACCUGAGUCGGAUCGCCUCCUUGCGGAGGCAGGUCGCGCAGGCCGGGAAGUUCGCGGACUCCGCGCUGCUCAAGGACGAGGAUCAGAGCCACAUCCGCGCCGUGGCGCUGCGCAACGCAGAGAACAUGGACGACGAGUCCGAGUCUAGCGGCGACUCGGAUUGAUGAGAUUGAUGCUUCUGUGCGGCACGUCUCCGGUAGAUUACAGCAGCUGUUGAUUCAGACUCUCUCUUGUAAAGCCUUCUCUGCUGCUGUUGCCUGAGACUCUCGCUUGUAAAGGCCUCUCUGCUGCAGCUGCCCCAGACGAGGCGAUAGAGGCCUCAGUUCGCCCCUGCCGAGGCCAGCUGUAGAAGGAAAAUGCCCAGCAUAACCAUCGCCAACACCGA